AUGGGUGCCUCGGCUUCCAGGAACUGGCUAGUCGGUGUUUCCGCGCUGGAGCCUGAACCCGAGGAGGCGCUGGGUCUGGGCCAGCUGCCCACGGAGCUGCUCGAGAUGGCGCUGAGCCACGUGCCCCCUCACGUGCUGCUCGCGCGCUGCCGCCGGGUGUGCCGGCGCUGGCGCGCCCUGGUGGACUGCCAGGCCCUGUGGUUGAACAUCCUGGCCCGAGACCACGCCGCCCUGUGGCCCGUCCUCCGCACCUGCCUGCCCCCCGCCGACGACCCCAGGCCCUGCGUCCUGGGCCGCUUCUGCGAGCGCAGACCCAUAGGACGCAACCUCCUCCGGAACCCCAAGGGCGAAGUGCUGAGCAGUGAAGACGGCUGGGCGGUGGAGGAGGAAAACUCGGAGGUCAUACCUAGUGCCUAUAUGCUGACCAGCUUCCUGUCUGCCUGCAGGGGGUAUCACAAGAAGCAAGUGUUGGACCUGGAGAAGGAGGGCUUCUGGCCGGAACUCCUGGACAGUGGAAAGAUUGAGAUUUGUGUCUCUGACUGGCGGAAGGACCAACAAAGAACUGACUGUAUAUAUCAGCUAACUGUCCGACUUCUAGAUGCCAACCAGGCCAUCCUGGAUCAUUUCUCUCCUUUGCCUUUUCCUAUCUGGAAGUGGAGAAACAGCGUCUCUCCUCGGGUCAGCCACGUGUUCUCCAACCUCAAGAAGGGCGUUCGCUUUGUGUCUUUUGAAUGCUGCAUCUGGGACUUGGAAUUCAGAAAUGAGCAGUAUGGAAUCUCUGUGAUGAAUUCCAGUGUCAUCGUGCAGAAGCUCAUUCCUAUGGCUGAGAAAAUUCCAGCCCCCACGGGUGGUGAACUUAACCCCAUGGCGUUUCAAGACUGGGACCAGGACUCAGAGCUGAAAGUCAAACUACCUCAAAAAAAUGUAUGGGGACAGAGGGUUCUGCCCACCCUGUGA